AUGGACGGCCCCGAUCAGAUUGGUCCGGACUACUCGCCCAAGCGUUCCUUCAGCGAUAAAUUCCGCAGCAUCGUGAGAACUUUCACCACACGUGAUGGUCUCAUCGGCGAUUACGACUAUGCCCACUUAUUCAUCCCAAAGUUACCGUUCACCAAACAAGAACGAAAAUCCGCUCCGUUUUUCGGCCUCGAAGAUCGCGUCCCUGUGGUUCUCGCCUUGAUCCUCGGAUUGCAACAUGCGCUUGCUAUGUUGGCUGGUGUCAUUUCACCACCAAUUAUGCUCAGUGGUACCUCAGGUGCCAACUUCGGAACUGAAGACUCCCAAUAUCUCGUUUCAGCAUCCUUAAUCGUCGCUGGGUUUCUCAGCGCCAUUCAAAUGUUCCGCUUCCACAUUUACGGCACAAAAUACUAUAUUGGAACUGGAUUGUUAUCUGUGGUCGGCACAUCCUUCGCCACAAUCACUGUCGCCGAAGGUGCUUUCACCCAGAUGUACAAAACAGGCUACUGUCCCACAGACGCGAGCGGAAACAAACUCGCUUGCCCAGAAGGCUACGGUGCCCUUCUCGGAACUUCCUGCCUCUGCGCUCUUCUUGAAAUUGGUCUCUCGUUCAUGAGCAGUCGCCUCCUCGCCAAAAUCUUCCCCCCACUCGUCACUGGCCCUACUGUCCUUCUCAUCGGUGCCUCCCUCAUCCAAUCCGCUAUGGAAGACUGGGGCGGUGGUUCCGGUUGUGGACCGUCUCCACGCGCUAUGUGUCCCGAUGCUGAUGCCCCACACGCUUUGCUAUGGGGUAGCCCGCAAUUCAUUGGAUUGGGAUUCCUCGCCUUCGUCACCAUCAUUCUCUGCGAACGAUUCGGUCCCCCAAUCCUGAAAUCCUGCGCCGUCAUCGUCGGUCUCUUGGUCGGUUCCAUCGUCGCCGCUGCUUGCAACUACUUUGAGUCUUCGGGUAUCACCGAGGCCCCCGUUAUCUCUUUCCCUUGGGUCCACACCUUCCCGCUCAAGGUAUACCCACCACUGAUCCUCCCACUGCUGGCCCUAUACGUUGUUAUCAUGAUGGAGUCCAUUGGCGAUAUCACGGCCACAUGCGAUGUCUCCAGAUUACAAGUCGAGGGUGAGACCUUCGACUCCCGGAUCCAGGGUGGUGUUCUCGGUAACGGAAUCACCUGUGUUCUCGCCGGUUUGAUGACCAUUUCCCCCAUGUCCGUCUUUGCCCAGAACAACGGUGUGAUCGCGCUCACCAAAUGUGCGAACCGGAAUGCCGGUUACUGCUGCUGUUUCUUCCUGAUUGUCAUGGGUCUGUUUGCGAAAUUCGCUGCUGCCCUCGUUUCAAUCCCAGACGCUGUCCUUGGUGGUAUGACGACUUUCCUGUUCAGCAGUGUCGCUAUCUCGGGUGUUCGCAUCAUUUCCACUAUCGACUUUAACCGUCGCAACCGCUUUGUCCUGACCGCUAGCUUUGCGUUGGGUAUGGGUAUCACCCUUGUUCCGUCGUGGUGGAGUUACUUCUUCUCCUACUCUGGUGACAACCAUGCUUUGGAGGGUCUUCUCAACGCUGUUGACUUGGUGAUGACCAACGGUUUCGCGGUCACUGCCCUUGUGGGUGUGAUUUUGAACCUCCUCCUUCCUGCUGAGCCAGAUGAGACCCCUGUUUUGGAGUCGGAGGAUGAUGUGGUUGAGCAGACUGUGCCCACAACUUCUGGAAAGUUGGAGACUCCUGCAUAA